AUGCCGCAAGCUACUGAAACAAUGUCAUGGCUUCUCAACACUUUAGCCCUACAUAAAAUCAAAGAGGCGUCUUUGGCCACCGCUGUCCAAGUUGGACAAGCAUUGACCGAGAAUCGAGUGGAAGAUAUCCCGCUCCAGGUGGUGGCUUGGAUCACUCUUCCACUCGCAGUGUACACAAUACGCUCAAAUUACCCUACGCGCAAUCAAUCAGACGAAGUCUUAACUGAAUUUGACAAUCUCAAAUAUCUUCUCCAUGCCAUGUGCAAACGUUUCUCGGGAGUUCAGCAUGUUGCAGGCCUCCUCAUCAGCCUCGACAAAGCUGCAUCUUCUAUGAGGCAGGACCUGCUAGAAAGUAACGAGUAUGAGGUUGUCGAGACCAAGCUUCUCAUUCAUGCCACCAGGAUGAUUCAUUCAAGCCUGGGGCUCGGUGUAAGGGUAGAGAGCUAG